ACUCACCAUCGCCGAACCUUCUCAGCACGAAGCUCACCGGGAAGCCGCCCGAAAUCCCCAGGAGCUCACGGCCAGCGCCUCUCCUCCUAGUACAAAUCCACCCCCCAACCCAAUCCAUGCAGCAGCAGCAGCGCACCGGCGGUUUAGGGGGUCUUAUAAAUACGAAGCGCUCUCGCCGGUGUCAAACUCGGUCAUGGCGGCAGUCGGAGCGGCACCACUGCUCUACCAACAGCAGGCGCAGGCGGCGGGCGACGGCUGCUACUUCUCUUCCAUGUCCUCCCACUUCUCCCACGGGGGGAUCAGCUCCACCUCCUCCAGCCCGGCCUCCAGCUUCUCCGCGGCGCUCGGCGCCACGCCGCCCGCUGCACCGGCGAUCGCGGCGGACCCCGCGGCGCAGUUCGACAUCUCCGAGUACCUUUACGACGAGGGCACGUUCGCCGCGCCGCUCCCGCCCGUCGUCUCCGUGCCGGCCGUUGGCGCGGCUGCUGCAAGUUCGGCGUCCGCGGUGACUGCGAGGAGCGCCGAGUCGGCGGAGCGGCCGCGGACGGAGCGCAUCGCGUUCCGGACUCGGUCGGAGGUCGAGAUCCUGGACGACGGCUACAGGUGGCGCAAGUACGGCAAGAAGGCCGUCAAGAACAGCCCCAACCCAAGGAACUACUACCGGUGCUCGACGGAAGGGUGCAGCGUGAAGAAGCGGGUGGAGCGGGACCGGGACGACCCGGCGUACGUGGUGACCACGUACGAGGGCACGCACAGCCACGUCAGCCCCAGCACCGUCUACUACGCCAGCCAGGACGCCGCCUCCGGCCGCUUCUUCGUCGCCGGCACGCACCCGCCGCCAGGCUCACUCAACUGAGUAGCACCCACCGCCAACGACGGGGCACGUCGAGAUCGGCACGGGGCUUCCAUCUUGGUCAAGCUAGACAGCUAGGUGCAGGUGCAGCCACUAGUUCGUAGCUAGACUAGUGGAUCAUCAGGUUCGGUUUCUCGAGGCGUGGGGCUUUUUUUGGGAUCGAUCUAUCCAUAUAGCUCGACCUUUUCUUCUCUCCCCGUCUUGUACCAGUGUUGUGGACAUCAGUGUGCAGUGUGGGCUCGAUCACGAGAGCCCUCCCGACGAAUGUAAGACACACUACACUACACUGCUAGUGCUACCUACUUAACCGUGCAAUAAAUAUGUACAGAACCAUCCGCCUCGGA